AUGUCCAGCACUGUUGGAUUCUACUCAGAUCUAGCUUCAUCUGGGGGGGUCUUGGCUCUUCCCCUCAAGUUGGAAGUGUUGGAGACCACAGCUCCGUCAGUGCCAGUGCUUCUCCGAAACGCCGGGGGAAAAGUGGGAGCCUCAGUCUCCUCCCGUCACCAUGGAAACUCCUUCCUCUCUCUCACCCACAGCAUAGAGGGCGAGUGA